CCAACAAACCAGGGGGUUUUGGAAAAAAAUUUCUUCUCUCUUCAGCCAACUUUGGGCUUACGUUACAAUAAAAGAACCACAACGCGUUUGGCGUCAUACCACAACGAUGGGUCAGGCAUUUCGUCGAGCAUCUGGAAGAAUCCGAGCAGCAUCCGAAGCUGACACGUCAUCCUUCUCCAAGUCGAAGACCGCCGUCGAUCGCCAACCUCCGCCCAAUGCUGCCGCUGACAAGGCGGCGCAGAUCCCAAAAGCCGCCGAACAAGACGUACUUCACACCGAUGAUCGUCCUAGAGUUAAUACGGACAACAUCCUGGAAGAAAGAGAUCCCAAAUUUGAUGCUAUGCUUGGUCAAAUGGUUGGUAGAAUUACAUCAAAGCCUGGGGGAAAACCUGAGAUGGGUGAGGCCUUUGUGGUUGAGAAGUUUAAUAGGCCCAUGCCCAAAUUGCGAAACACAAAACCAGAUUUUGGCCGUAAUGAGGAGAGGCCAGUUCCUGCUGGCACUUUGAAUGUAGCACAGUUGCGUCAUAUCAUCCUUUUGCAUGAAGGCAAGGCUGAUGAUUACAAUGGGCGUAUGGAUGCCCACCAGAUUGCUGAAAAAUUUCGGGUCAAUGUUGUUCAGAUUCAGACAAUCUUGCAAUUCUUAUCGCUACCUCCAGAAAAUAGCAGUAAAGACAAGAACAAAGCACCAAGAUGAAUAAUAGCUUCAUUUGCAUUGCUAACUGAUUCUUGUCUGAAAAAAGGCUGUUCUAAAUGGAUUUGAAGUGUGGUCGAAUUUUGCCCACUGAAAAAUGUAGUUCCACAGAGAGAAUGCCAAAUGCCAAAGGUCUUAAUUGACCUGUAGUGAACUAUGUAUAUUAGAUAGUGCUUGUGCAGCCUCAAUACUUAUAUUUUCAAGGACAUCGUGAUAUCUACAAUCGAAUUUGUACUUGUGACGGAAAUUAACCCCGGAGAAAGUGAGUUGCAAUAAGGGUUUUGAAACCCGACGGCUGAGUUUUUGUUUGUUCUUUUUUCAGUGCUUCGCAACAGUUAAUAAAACACGAGCCAAUUGAGUUUCGGCCUUGUAAGUUGCAGGUAUUUGUAGUUAUGUAAUUUCUUUUAGAUUUGCGGACGAUUAGACUUGUUCCUUACAGGGGAUUCGUGUUCUCAACUUCCCUGGUUGAGCUUUAAAUUUAUCUGAAAGAGUGUCGAUUAA